AGCUACAGCGUCUUUUUGCUCUUUGGAUGCCAACGCAGCCAUGUGUUGAGGAUAUUCAUACACCUAAUCCAUUACCGGCUCGUGGUGUUUACGGAUUUUCCCUGUACAUAUCGUCCUUUUGCUUCUUGAUAUUAUACACACUGUGGGCGGUCAUCCCUACUCCUAUAUUGAAUAGACUAGGCAUCACAUACGUGCCAGCCAAGUAUUGGGUCAUAUUGAUCCCGCUGAUACUCGUCUCUCUCAUCAUCCUUUUUGUAUCAUCUAUAUUCCUACUGAAUAUAUAUCGCUUCAGAGGAUACAGAAUAUUCGAAGAAGUUGAGUAUCUGAUAUCUCAAGUGCAAAAAAGAAAUUUGGUGCAAAUAAUCAUGCGGUCAUGCUUAGCAUUGAAUUGUGUAGUGAAACGUUUGAAGCAUGGUGGAAGAUCGACUCUCAGCAAAACAUUCCCCGCGAAUAGUAUUAGUCGUGGAUCGCAGGUGGAGUUAAUACACAAACGAUUAUCUGCUUAUGAACGCACGCAAGCCGCUGCAGAAGCCGCUAAAAAGAGCAAUUUCGUUACGAGCUCGCUAGCUGCCGAAAAUCUAAUAAAGACCGAUAGCAAUUACGGAAAGAUCAUAGAACGAAGAAAUCUCGAAGAGCAGGCAACUCCGAAGCCAUCUACUAGCAUCGACACUGAUUAUGAAUUACCACUUGCUGCGAAGCCAAUUACAGAAAAUAUCUUGCUCAAACCUACUUUGGAAUCUCAACCUUCUGGAAGCCAGACAGCUGGUGAUAGAGGAUAUUACGUAGAGGGCAAUGAGUACGUUGACGACUACAUAUUAGGAAGUACUGCAGAUUUCGCUUACGACGAAGUAGCGAUGCCAUCAUAUGAGAUCUAUGGCUCUGAAGACGCCCAUGAAAUCAUUGAGUUCCAGCUUCCUGGGCAGAGUAACGUGAGUACACGGCGUGUCCAAAGCGGUGUCGAGGAGGAUGAGGAAUCCGUGGAACUGGAGCUAGAGGACCAGAGAAUGACCAGUAGCAACAAGAAAUGCAGCGGAUGUGGUGCUCAGAUCCAAUGUGAGGAUAGUGCCUUACCUGGUUUUCUGCCUGUUGAAUAUAUCCAGAAAUCGCGGAAGUCCACGUCCGAUGCUUUGUGCAGACGGUGUCAUCUUCUCAAGCACUACAACUUUUUGCUUAAUGUGAAUGUAUGCGAAGUGGACUACGCAUCCAUAAUGUCAUGUCUUCGCAUGAACGAGGAGGCUUUAGUAUUGCUGAUCUUGGAUAUCACUGAUAUUCCUGGGAGUAUACAUCGACAGCUGCCUCACAUAAUUGGUCCACGCAAGCCGAUGAUUGUUGUUGCCAACAAAGUUGAUCUUCUCCCACCAGACGCACGAACUGGUUAUCUCAAGCGUUUCAAGAUGAUAGUAGACGAAGCUAUACAAGCAGCCGGCUUCCGAGACCAGUUUACCAUAUUGCAUACAGCUCUAGUUAGCGCCAAGACAGGUUAUGGAAUUGAAGAUCUGAUCACUGAAAUCUACUUGAAGUAUACUUCUGUCAAGUUGGGUCUGCGCAAUGAUAUCUACCUAAUUGGAUGCACCAACGCUGGAAAAUCAAGCUUAUUCAACACUCUUCUGCAGUCAGACUUGUGUAAGAUUCGUGCUGUUGACAUCGUCGAGCGGGCAACUACAUCUAUAUGGCCUGGAACUACGCUUUCGCUGCUAAAAUUUCCUGUAAUGCAGCCAUCGCCUUUCCGCUUGGAGCUCCGACGGAGGAGAUUACUCAGAAAUAAAGCUUGGCUUCAGAAAGAGAUGUACAACAGGAAACUACAGCUGCAGCAGAGUGGUGACCCGAAAUAUGCGGUGUUGUUUGGAAAUGUUGAGAACACAUUCAAAGAGAGAGAUGAGGAGCUACGACCUAUAGCUGUCGAAGAGUUGACAUCAGAUGGCACAUACGAUAGGAAAACUUCGAAAAGAUGGUCGAUGAAAGAUCCUGAAUUUGAGAAAGGAAUGUGGUGCUAUGAUACGCCAGGAACCAUUAACGACCAACAGGUGCUCAAUCUAUUCACUUUGGAAGAACUAAUACAUGUACUGCCGCGGCAUCUGCUGCGACCUCGGACUGCCAUCGUUCCAGUUGGACACUCAUUGUUGAUAGGUGGUAUAGCACGGAUAGAUGUGGAGGAGUGCGAAAAGUUUGACAGUGUUUUGCUGACAUCUUUCGCUAGUGAUGAUCUUCCGUUGAAUUGCAUACGCACAGAGGAAGCCGAUUUAUUCUUGGAAGAAAAUAACAAGAGUGGUUCUCUUGUAGUUCCUAGAGGAGGACCAAGACCAGUUGGUUAUCCUAGGCUCGAAAGUCAAGUUUUCACACUGCAUGGGAAGAAGGGAGAUAUCGGAGUCGCUGACAUCGUGUUAUCUUCGAUAGGAUGGGUACUGCUAUUCUCGUCAAGCCCGCACAUCCGUCUGCGAGGCUUUACACCGGGAGGGAAGGGGCUAGCGACGCGCUCACCAAUGUUGCCGUAUGCAGCAUCGCUACGAGGAAAGCGCAUGCCUGGAACGAGAUUCUAUAAGGUGGAACCCGUUUCUAUAUGCGCUUUAUGUGUAAACGAUGCCGCGGAAAGUUUGCUGGAUCAACUCAUUGACACUUAUGCUUUUCCACGUUCUCUAAUGGAAUCAGCUAUAUGUGAAAGUCUCUCUGAUCUGCAUUUUUGUCUAGGUAGCAGGCAAAAUGAACUGGACUACUUGAGACAGGUCGCUGAUUUUCUCGUUACCAAGCUGGUAGAUGAUACUCAUCUUGCUGGAAGAGCACAUGACGACGAAUGUCCGUCGAAUUUUGGCGAGAAAGCUAACAUGUCGGCAUGGCCGUCACAAUCUGUCAGACAUUUCCUGCGUGAACUGGUUGUAAACGCAUUGCUUUUACCAUGCUUGGAUUUGCUGGCUGACCCGGAUACUAUUAACCAUUUGCUUAUUAUGAUAUUCGAUGCCAUGAAAGGAGAAGAAGCACACGAUGGAAAUGAGAAUGAAAAAAGAGAAGUCACGUUUUUGUCGAAUUUCGCCGAAAGUUCCUCUCAAACGGUUCCGGACUCUUUGCUACACCUAAGGCUGAGUGAGGUUCUUCGAGAUGCACGGCAGUAUUCGACUUUUCGUCUUUAUCUACAAGAUACACACGGACCUGUAAAUGAGCUUUGUUUUCUGGCUGAGGCUUCUCGAAUCCACGAUAGCAUGCAGAGAAAGGCUGAAUCAUCCGGCCAAAUUGCUUAUGACAUAUGGCAACUGUUCGGACAGUUCGUACAUGACAGUGCUCCUGAACGUAUCCAAUUUACUCCAGAGAUCGUUCAAGAAUUCAAGAAUGCGGUCGAAUGCAACAAUUUAGCCCUUUUAGACAAAGUAAUUGAGAUGUCGUAUCAAAUGGUUUAUCAGCGUAUGCAAAAUGAUCACUUGGUCCCAUUUUGUCAGUCGGAUGCGUUUCUAGGAUAUCUCUGUGGUAGUCCACCUGUUUCUGUCAAUGAACUGAUCGAUCAGCGCACUAUGCCUAGAAAGCCAUCUGUUUCAGGAGGGACGUUUUCUUUAGCUCAGUUUAGGACAAGACUACGAAAAGCCAUAGCCGUAGUAUCACUGGAUGGCUCUUUUGACAGCGAAGAAUCAUUGGAGAGUAGUCCAGCUGUAGAAGAUGACUUGAUCAGCAUCUCCAGUGAAAGUGCAAAGGACCACCGAGCUAGUCUAGAGAGAAUUGAGUCGACAUCAUCUUUACCCUCGAGUUAUUCUGCUCAACUAACCAUCCCAUCCAUUGACGUCUCAGUUGCAAGUGACUCGCAGUCCAAUUUGUCACCAGCGAGCGCCUACUCGGUUACGGAUGAAGAUGAACUGAGUGCAUCGGCAUCUGCUUCUGCGCUAGAAGGUGGAGACUCUGAGCCGGCAUUGAUAAUAGACAAAGAGACGCGAAAUAUCAACUUGUGGAAAGUCAAUGUUACAAAAAUUACUCCGAUGAGGGAUAACACGACGGGAAGAACAAUUUAUGCGUAUGUGAUUGAUGUGGAACGUACAGAAGCGAAAGAUAAGGAGACCAAGUCAUGGAGCAUAUUCAGGCGUUAUUCUGAGUUCUAUGUACUUGAGAUGAAGCUUCUAGAAUUUCAUGGUGAUUCACUGCGAUUUACGUUGCUUCCUCCCAGAAAGCCCUUAAUGAUAAGAAAUCGUGCUUUCUUGGAACAACAUCGCCUACUAUUUUCUCUGUUCCUGUCAUCGCUUUGCAAACAGAAAAUAUUGCAUCGAUCUGAUCUCCUUUUUGCAUUCCUUACUAGUUCUGAAGAAUUUCGCCAGAACUUGUUACUAAGUGAUCUUAAUCCUUGGAAGGUUGUCAAGAAAAUGCCGGGUAAGCUGGGCAGAGAAAAGGGUCAACAUCUUCGACCUUUUCUCUUGACCGUUCUCGCAAAUACACUGUAUACCCAAGAAAAAGUGGAAUUUGAAGAGAAAGUGCAAGCUUCCGAUAAUAGCUUUGGAAUUUGCGCAAGAAGAGUGUCUCAAGUUUCAAUCAAAGCGAAUUGGUGCACAGAGGAAAAAAAAGAAAACGUUCCAAAUUUUAUUUUGCAUCACGGUUAUCGAUCGUGGACAAUUUUUUUUUUUGACAUCGUACUACUAAUCGCAUCAAGAUUCAUUGGCUCAUUCCGAUCAGCGUCUCUGCUUGUAUGUAUGUCUGUAAGCAUAUAUGUCUUCUGUACCCGCCGAGCAGUUGAAUCAAAGGUUCGUGAUAAAGCAAUGCGGCCACUUGGUAGAAGAGCCAACGAGGGAAGUAUGAGAGAGGUGAAUGUCUGCAGACUGUUUCAUCUCUUCCUCCAAUUGCUUUUUAUGGCAAAUGACCCGAUCGAAACUCCCCAGAAAAAAACACUCAGGAUCGCCCUCUCUAAAGACCGGACUUGCUGUUCUUUCAAGAACCAUAACUAUCGAAAUCUCAUCUCGAUCAGCAUUUUAUAG